UGACGUUUGACACUUCUAUCAUGUAUAGAUUUCAAAGGAUUAGGCCGGUGUUAAAAAGUUAAAAUCAAAAGAAUCUCACGUAGUAAAGUUAAGAACAGUCAAUUAAAACGAAUUAUAAGUUAAUUGGGAUCCGACCGUUUAUAAAAAGAAAUCAAAUGGAUUAUCCAAAAGGUACCUGCCCCCAUUUACCAUUGGUAAGAGACGAAAUUUUAUCAGUAUACAAAAAGAUAUAUAAAAUUUUCGUCGCGUCGACGAGUAGCAAAGAAAAGUCCAUAAAAAUAGAGAAUAGGAGAUGUCAAGACUGUAAUACUUUACAACACCACCUUCAUACAUGCGCCCAUUGCGUAUAUUUUGGUUGCCAACAACAUGUCCGUACUCAUUCUUCAACGUUCGGGCACAUGUUUAGUGUAGAAUUAACAUUCGGACAAUUGUAUUGUUUAAAAUGUGGUGAUUACGUUUACGAGGCUGCGUUAGAUAAAAUAGCUUUUGAAUUAAAAUUGUCGGCAAGUUCCUGUAAGAAACGUUUAUUUAACUGGUCGUUUUUUCAAUGUAACGAUGAAAACGGUGAUUUAUUAAAGUUCACACCAAAACGUGUUUGCAUACCCCCGGAAUCAACAAUAGGACUCCGGGGGCUUUUAAAUUUAGGCAACACAUGUUUUAUGAACUGUAUAAUACAAUCCUUUAUGCAUAUGCCAUUAUUAAGAGAAUACUUUUUAACCGAACGCCAUAAAUGCACGAGAUCACCAAACAGUUGUCUUGUAUGUGAAUUAGCAAAACUCUUUCAAGAUUUUUAUUCCGGCAUGACAACUCCGAUAUCGCUACAUAAAAUGUUACAUUUAAUAUGGACGCAAGCCACUCAUUUAGCCGGAUACGAACAACAAGAUGCCCACGAAUUUUUUAUCGCCAUGCUUCAUGUCUUACAAGAACACGAUGUAACUGGAACUCAAGACUCGCCACCGAAACGCUCUAUAAUCGAUCAAAUCUUUUCUGGGUUACUUCAAAGUGAUGUUGUUUGUAAAAAAUGUAAAAGCGUUUCGACGAAAAUCGAAGCGAUGAAGGAUGUGUCACUCGAUUUGGGACAAGUUAGCGGCGGUCGUCCCCCGCAAGAUAUUCAAGAGUGUUUGGAAAGGUUUACUAGAGUGGAAGACCUCGGCGCAAAAAUUAUGUGUUCAAAUUGUAAUUCGCAUCAAGAAUCGACUAAACAACUCAGUAUGAAAACAUUGCCGAUUGUCGUGUGCUUCCACCUGAAACGAUUCCAGCAUUUCAAGAAAGGGGAGAAGAUAUCUACGCCGAUUUCGUUUCCCGAAACUCUCGAUAUGACACCAUUUAUGAGUAAAACUAAUAAUCGCGCAACAGAAUUGUCAUCAGAUAACAAAUAUUCACUUUUCACCGUUAUUAAUCACGACGGUAAUAUGAUUAAUAGUGGUCAUUAUACAGCUUAUGUAAGACAACAACAAGAAUAUUGGUACAAGUGUAGCGAUAGAAUGAUUACAAUGGCUAAUAUCGAGGAUGUUUUAAAAUCUGAGGCAUAUUUAUUGUUUUAUCAUAAAAGUAUUUUAUUGUACGAUUAAUAUAAGUCAUUUUUAU